AUGUGGUUUUGGCUAUUGCUUGCAAUUUCGGCCAUUAUAAAAUGUUCAGCAACUAAAUAUACGCCUGAUUGGAAUUCUCUGGAUAAUCGUCCGCUUCCCUCGUGGUAUGACGAGUCAAAAUUUGGGAUCUUCUGCCAUUGGGGUGUCUACUCAGUUCCAGCCUACAGGUCCGAAUGGAUGUGGUGGUAUUGGAAAGGAGACAAUCCUGAUCAAGACGUCAACAAGUACAUCAGUAACAAUUAUAAACCCGGAACUACUUAUGCCGAUUUUGCAAAAGACUUCACCGCUGAACUGUUUGAUCCGAAAGAAUUUGUGGAGGUCGUCAAAAAUUCGGGUGCGCGCUAUUUUGUGUUCACCAGCAAGCAUCAUGAAGGAUUCACAAUGUGGCCGAGUAGAACAUCAUGGAACUGGAAUUCUGUUGAUAUCGGACCUAAAAGAAACAUUGUCGGCGAACUGAAAAAUGCUUUCAAGGAUACCGAUGUACACUUCGGAUUGUACUUUUCACAGUUCGAAUGGUUUCAUCCCCUUUUUCUGGACGACGGCAAAUAUAACACAUCUUUAUAUCCGAAGGUUUCACUUGAUAUUUUUAAAUAUGUUAAAUUUGGAUUAAUCUCAUAUCCCCAAAUGAUGGAAAUUGUGAGAGAAUUCAACCCGGAAAUAAUUUGGAGUGAUGGUGAAUGGGAUAAGUCCGACGACUAUUGGAGAGCAAAGGAAUUCCUUGCAUGGCUCUACAAUUCUAGUCCAGUGAGAAACAGAGUUGUUGUGAAUGACCGAUGGGGAGCAGGAACCAUGGGAAAACAUGGUGGAUUUAUGACAUACGCUGAUCAUUAUGAUCCAGGAACUUUGCUCAAAAGGAAGUGGGAGAAUUGUAUGACAAUGGAUAAAGCUUCUUGGGGAAAUCGAAGAACAAUGCGGGCAGCAGAUGUCCACAGUUCGUUUGAAAUAAUCGAGCAGCUGGCGCGAACUGUAGCAUGUAAUGGGAACCUGUUGUUGAAUAUUGGGCCAGACAUGCAUGGAAGAAUUCCAUCCAUAUUUGAAUCAAGACUUCAGGAAGUUGGAACAUUUAUCAACGCCAACUCAGAAGCACUAUUUGAGACAAAACCGUGGAUUUAUCAAAACGACACAAAUGCUCCAAAUGUGUGGUACACUUCAAAAUAUCGUUCAGGACUUGUUAACAAAAAGCAUUCGCCGAUUUAUAAUGCGCAAUUACAACAUGAAACUAUUAUUUAUGCUUGGGUGUUGGAUACAAAACAUGAUAAAAUCCAAUUGAACUCGAUUACUACUACAGAUGAGACAAAAGUGAGCAUUCUUGGAACAAGUCAGGUGCUCACUGGAUUCAAGAAAAAUGUCCCUCUAAUGAUUGAGAGCUCGCAAAUCGACUGGCGCUCGCUGAUUCGAAUUGAUGUGAUUGUUUUGAAAAUUGAAUAUGCGGCAACCCAACUGAUGCAUUGGAUUGACUUGCCAUACAAUGAUUCGACAGCGAACAUGAAUACAGCAUUUGAUGGUAGUGGUAGAGCGUUGGCAUUUUUUAAAGUUUCAGCUACCGAGUAUAUGUACGACGAUCGCGAGGAAAUUAAUAAGGGCAGCUAUGCUUGCCAAAUGGUUUUGGAUGUGCCUUGA